GCCAAUUCUAUAUUUUGCCAAUUUAGAAUUUUAUCCACCUAAAUCCAUAUACUAAGUGUUGUAUUUGCAUGAUACGAAACUGAACAUUUUGAUUAGCUUUACAUGUUGACGUUUGACAACAAAUAUGGAAGGCGUGUUAUGGAAGUGGACAAAUUAUUUAUCGGGUUGGCAACCGCGAUGGUUUGUCCUGGACAAUGGAGUCCUCUCCUACUACAAAUCACAAGAGGAUGUCAACAAUGGCUGUAAAGGUUCAAUCAAGAUGACUGUAUGUGACAUAGUUGUCCAUCCAACUGAUGCUGCCCGACUGGACUUAAUUAUUCAUGGAGAACAACACUAUUAUGUAAAGGCUGCUACAACCAAGGAGAGACAGGAAUGGCUUGUUGCUCUGGGCAGUGCCAAGGCCAUGCUCAACAACAGUGGACGAGCUGCAGAUUCAGCUGAUGAAGUUUCCCCAGGCAGCCUUCGCUCCAAAAAGUCGGAAUUGCGACUGUAUUGUGACCUCCUUAUGCAGCAGGUCCACUCUGUUAAACAAGCCGUAAACACUGACCAGGCAGACACUCAGAAACUUGACGAAGCAACUUCUCUACUGACGGCCACCUGUGACACGUUUAUCCAGACACUGGAAGACUGCAUGCAACUCGCCAAACAUGUCUCUACUCCUGGGCCGACAGAGCUGGGUCCUUCCCCACCCUCCCCCACACGCACAAACAGAAAGGGAUCAAGGAAUGUUUCAAGGUCCAACUCUGUUGAAAAGUCAGUGCAUCCCAAAUUGUCUCCAAUGAACUCUUAUGAUGGUGUCACACCCAUGCGACCUCGUACAAGACCAAGAUCUGGUUCAGAAAGUUCCUUCUCCGAGUCCGAGCUCACCAACGGAACAAUUCGACCACGCUCAAUCAAUUCAGACUCAAAUGUGAUAUAUGAAGUAGAACCUGUGAAGGAGGAGUCAGGAGGUGGUGCUAAACAAUCAGAGAACUCUGUUGGUGUGAGUGACAGUUCAGAUACCCAACCAAAGCCUUUGUUAUCAUUGAACCAUAAAACAAACUCAGAAGAACAUGAUGGCUUGGAGGAUUUUAAGGAUGCAAUUGAUAGCAAGAUACCAACAUUUUUCUCAGCAAUGAAACCAAGUUUUACUGAAGUAACAAGUUUACCAAAUAACGGAAUUCCUGUGGAACCAUUCCUGGGAGCAUGCAGAUCCAUUGUGCCUAUAUUUGAUAAAUUAAAUGGAACUGCCUUUGCUCCUGUGAAGAUGGACUUUGCAGGGAACAUCAGGAAAAUCCAGCAGAAGUAUUCUACCAACUCGAACAGCUUUGCGACACUCCAAGACAUGGUGGUGUAUGAAGUCAAGGCCAAACAGCACACAAACUCCAACUCUGCUACAGUAGCAAUACUCUGGCUCAAACGGGGGCUUGAAUUUGUCCUGGAAUUCAUGCGUGAAGUGUGUUCAGGUCAGCUUGACCUUACAUUGUGUGCAAGCAAUGCUUAUUCCCGCAGUCUAAAACCUUUCCAUGGAUGGGUUGUGAGGGGCGUGUUUGCUGUUGCAGUGAAAGCGCUACCAUAUCGUGAGGUGUUCUUGUCUCAACUAGCAGAGGUGAAGUGUGACACCCAGAGCUCCAUCUACCAACACUCCCUUAAUGAGGACUGUGAGGUCUUCAUCCGGUCUCUCAGUUUCAUCACUCGAACCAUCAAUGACUUCUAUGUCAAUCAUGAUCUUGACUGUGCUGAUCAAGUUUGAUAGGAAAACCACGAGAAUAUUUCAACACUCCUAUGACCAAGUUUGAUUUGAGCUGGAGCAAUGUACAAAUGAAGCGGUGAAGCAUACCGGUUAACUCCCUUAGAUUUGAGUUUGGAUUGAAGCUGUGUAUCAGUAAUAUUUGUAUUCUCUCUUUCACUGUUUAGACUUUCAAUUUUGAUGAUGCAUCAAAACAUGGAUGAUCAUAUUUCAAUAUUUGAGUUCCCUUUGAACAAUACUUUUAGACUCAUGACUUUGAUCAAACAAAGAGAAAAAAAACAUCCAAACAUUAUUUACAAUACCAUCACCAGUGUUAUAAGGCACUUCUUGUUUAACCAAAUCAGAGACAAAGGCAGGUCAUUAAUUGAGAUAUCUUCAAGGAUUGGGGCAUGUAUUAGGACAUUGUACAUAUCCACUAUUUUCAUUCCUGACUGGUAAACGAUGUAAAAAUGCCUUAUUAUUUGCCCAUCAUUUUCAGUGUUUACUUCACAUUGUACAAAUCUUCAGUUAUGAUGACAAGGUACAGAACACGAGAAUUGUGUUACUUACAAGUAUAGACUCUGUUUGUUCUUCAAGUUGUUUUCUGUCAUGUGUGGAGGGGUCAUUCAUAUGAGUAGAGGGAGAUAAUGGGUCUAUGUAUCAGAAGAAGGUGCAAAUUACAUUUAAUUCAAGUCACAGAAAACAUUAAUGAAAAAUCUGUAAUGACUUUCCUGCAUUAUGUAUGAAUGCAUGUUUAAAAACUCAGUAAGCAGCUGUCACUGAAGUCGACAUCAUCUGUCAUGAUCCUCCAUCAUUCGUUAUAAUCCUUCAUACAUGUCUGAUGAGAGCUGGACCCAUUCAACAUGUUGAUGAAACAUAUUAAUGAUCAUGCGUAUGAGCCUUUGUACAUAAGGAUGUUAAGGCUUAUCUCACUAGUACUACUACCAGUGCCAGUGGUAGCCUUGUUUACUAUCUUAGUAGUAAUAUUGUUUAAUCAAUUUGCUAUCUUGUAGUUACAGGGGCCAAAGGGACCAAAGAGAUUCUCAUGUUUAAUAUAUGUCAACUUUAGUUGAUCCUUACAUAUUUUUGGGUGAAAUAGGCUAUCAGCUUAUCAGAAUUACAAAAAAAGGAGCCCAUUUCGACAAGAUUUACAGUCUGCGGAUCUGUAAAACAUGUUUUAAAUAAAAGUCGCCUAACUGUAUUUAUUUGAAGGAAGUAUAUUGCAUUUGGAAUCAAGAUGUAAACUUGAUUAUUUGUGUAUGUUAACCUAUGUUUAGAUGACGAGAGGGAACUGUGUUUACAGAAAUAGUGAAAGGUCAGGGGUUGGCCAUGAGGGGAUCUUCUUGGCUGGCAUUUCAUUUGAUGAUUUGACUUCCAAGAUCAAUAUGAUGACACAUAUCAAAACUUUAAUUUAAUAGUCACAAGAAAAUGUUCAUUAUGAAAGUCACAAGUGUCUCGGCUUGAGACAAAGCACAACCUACAGCUGCCAAUGUUUCUGGUUAUGUGGCAUUUACUGAUUCUCCAUCUCCUAUUUCAACCUGGCUUUUCAGUGGUACAUUCUUUCUUUGUACUGUCACAGUCACUCAGUCUAUGCUUUGUUCUGUCAUGACAGUCUAUGCUUUGUUCUGUCAUGACUCUGUUUUGUCCUGAAACAUGGCAGUCUAUGCUUUGUCCUGUGACAUGGCAGUCUAUGCUUUGUUCUGUCCUACAACAGUCUAUGCUUUGUUCUGUCACAUGGCCAUCUAUGCUUUGUUCUGUCCUACAACAGUCUAUGCUUUGUUCUGUCCUAUGACAGUCUAUGCUUUGUUCUGUCAUGACAGUCUAUGUUUUGUCCUGUGACAUGGCAGUCUAUGCUUUGUUCUGUCAUGACAGUCUAUGCUUUGUCCUGUCAUGACAGUCUAUGCUUUGUUCUGUCCUAUGACAGUCUAUGCUUUGUCCUGUCAUGACAGUCUAUGCUUUGUUCUGUUAUAUUACAGACUAUAUUUAUCCUUCACAUGUUCAUGUUUACCCUAAGCUGUUAGUCGGGUUUGACCCCAGCAAUAAUGACUGAUUUUACAUUUGCAAGAGAAUAUGAUUCCUUGUUGAGCAUACAGAUUACAUGAUAAACAUUAUUGAAUCAGAAAAAUUCAUUGCAAUUUGAAUUCAUUACUAAAACAUUCAAACAUGUAAGGAAAUUACUUUUUAGCUUGAGUAAAAGAAUUAUAGAUUAUUUGUGUUAUAAUCCCUGCAUAAUUGUUUUUAGGGUUUAAAUUUAUAAGGUGUUUCUUCAUGGGUGUACAUACUCUAAUGUAUAUUGUUAACAGAUAAUGCCUGUGACUGUUCAUGAGAGUGUCCAAGAGAAGGUAAAUGGUAAAUUUUACUGUUUCCAUGAACAGAUUGUGUCAAUGUAGCGUUUCAUGUUAAUACUCUGUAUAUUUCUUAAAGUGUGUUCGUCACUUUUAGUGGCUGUUGUAUUAAAUAGUAUUCUCAGUUGCCAUGGAUUGAAUAAAAGCAUAUUGAAUAAGCAGCCUGUAUAUUUUAAGGAAAACAUUGCAUGAGAAAUAAUGUAUACAUAGUGAGAAUAUGUGCUGGAAGUUGAUAUGUGUAGUAAAACAGAUAUAUCAGUGUAUUGAGAAUGUUGUUAAGGUAAAGAUAUUGUGAAAAGAUCGCUUUGUGAAACAGGGUCCAGAGCACCCACCAUAUGCACUUGAUUUGUUUAAUUAGUGAUGAUACGGGGUCAUGGAGGGCCCAGUCAUCUAAAGCACUACAAUAUGCUGUGCAAAGUUGCAUCCUUUAGGAAUGCCAGAACUCUUAUGAUUGUGGGUUUGAUUCCUACAUUGGCCCUGAUUAUGUGUCUAGGUUUGUCAGCACCAUAACCAUGCUCAUGGGCUUCACCAAAAUGGUAAACAUCCAAGACCUGCAACAUUUUGGCUUUUCUCCAGUCAAACUGACAUGCCAGGAUUUAACUGAAAUAUUGUUAGGCCACAUCAAACCAAACUCACUCAUCGUGAUUCAGUGCUUUAUCCUUUGUUUUCUGUGAUUGAUCCAAAAUAGUCAAAGGUGUACUUAGUAUUGUUUGAUCAACAGCCCUGCUAUCAGUAGUACACAAUAAUAUAGGUGAAUGUCCAGAAAGAGCACAAAAUAUUUUCUGUGACUUUUUGACAAAUGUUCCUUCAUUGUAAUAUCAAAUUUGUUCACACCUGAAAUCUAUUUUGUUUCUCACAUGAUAGUUGGAGAAGAUUAAUUGAAAUUCCUAUUCCAACAAACAAACUAAAUUUGGGAGUUUAUUUUGUGUAAUUUAGGCAGCAAAGUUUUGUGAUACCCAUCAUUCAGUGAAGGCUUUCUUUAGAGACACCAUAUUGCUUGAUGGUUGGUUACUUGGGCUAUAGUUGAACAGUAUGUUCAGGAAGUUCCCACAAAACGUGACAAGCACUAACUACCAUGCACUGACACAGAAUUGUUCAAAAGGAAAGGUGCAUUUUAACAAACAACAUGCUAAAUCGGUGCAAAUAGUUUGUGAAACAACUUGCAUGUUGAAGUUGUGUUAUUACUGUUGAAAAUAUUGUUCUACUGGAUGCAGGGCUGUUUCAAAAGGCUGUCUAGAUUAUUUGAGAAGUCUUGCGAACAUGGGCAGUGAACAUGGGGUAAUAUGUGGUAAAUUGUAUACCAACAAAAGAUCUUCUUUACAAAAACUUAUUUAUUCAUUUGUUGUAGACAAUUGCAUUAAAAUGCCAUUAGUAAUGAAAAUAUGUAUCUAUGCAUCAUGUUGUCUCUAUAUAAGAACAUGAUUGUUUGGUCCCUGUGUCCAGCAUUGGAUUGGGUUUGUCUUCAAGACAUUCGUCAUUUGAAAAUACCAGUACAUUCCAUAGAAACAGGAAAAAUGGGAGAAUGUGUUUCCUCUAAACAUUGUUUUCCAUGUAUGCAUUUAUUUAUCACAGUUCUCAUGACAGUUGUGACAUUUCGUGAGUUGAAUGAGAGGAUAGACCAAAUGUUUGUGAUAUUCAAGUUUGUAAACAUGCAAUGUUAAUCUUCAGUUUCAAAUAUAUAUGUUGAUUAUCAAGGUACCUACGGUAUUUACGUUAACACCAAAAAGGCCUAAACAUAUUUAAGGUAAAAACAUGUCAUUUUUAAACAAGCACACCUUUUGUUAAACACUAAGUUUGACCUUACAAGAAUCCUUUAUACAAACAUAAAGAAACAUGAUAAUAAUAAGCCUAGUGAUUGAAUUUUGCAUCAUACUGGCGUUCAUGUAACGUGCAUUUUCGUACAUUGAAUGAAUAUUCUAAUUAACAUAGUUUUAGGUAGCAUGUUUAGUUCCUUCUUGCCUAUUUCCUCUCUGAUCUCAACUGAAUCUUUUUUAUUAGUGUAAAUAUUCACUUUCAGAGGUCAGGCAAAAUCAUUACAAAGUUUACUGAUGUAGCACUGUAGUAAAGAUUUGUGAAAUACAAGUGAACUUGUUGAAAAGCAACAGUAAUUAUAUCCAACAGAUCAUUCAGUGAUUUUGUAAACAGAGAUUGGAUGCAGAUUUUCGUUUUCAUCUCACCUCCUGAAUGGGAAUUGAACUGACCACCUUAGUUUGGGUUUUUUUAUGCAAAAAAUUGAGUUAAAUCCUUGUCUGAGUUUGGUGAGACUGUGGUGGGGAUCUGAUUUCUUUACCUGAGACGUAUAUAUAUGCUUGAUUAAUUUAAAAUGACAUGGCUUUCUUGGUAUUGUUUAUCUAAAAUCUUUUGAAUCCAACUUCACAAACUAAUAUCUUUCAUUCUUUAAUUUUGAAUGUUUUUUGGCGAUACUCACCUCAUGCAAUACAUAUACUUGAGUCUGAUAUGAUACACACCUCGAAACUCAAUUUGCACCACUUAUCACAUGAAUUUCUCCACUUGCCUUGCGUCUCAGCGAAAAAAUGUUGUCACUAUGAACAAGUUUGUCUAACUUGUAUGAAUGGUUAAUUUGGGUGUGCCCUGAUAGUUUUUGGUAAUCAGCUUUAGCAUUUUGUUUCGUGAUACAAGGAGAGAUAACUGUAAGCCUAGUAGUCAUCUGGCCGAGUUAUUGCACAAUGCAAUGUCACAUAUUCCUCUUUGAAAAGUGAUACAGAAUUAAAACACUAAUUGUAACAUGGGAUAUUGUGUAUUGUAUUAUGUGGUACAAAUUUGUGAUGUAUUGCUGAAUUGUGACAAGCCUCCUAAUUUCAUAUUUCAAAGUAAAUUCAUAAAACUCUUACUGCAUCAUCAAUAAUAUUUCUUUGUUUGUUCAGCUUGUGUAGAUAUUUUACGCACCCUAAAAUAAUAAUCAACACCCCCUAGUUGACAAGUCGUAGUGUUUAUUAUGCUUUUUCAUUGAAGGUCACACAAGAUAUUGUCUAUUUGAACACAAUUUUAGGUAUGUUUUGCACUUGAUAUUCAUUCAAGUAUGAAUGACAAUUGCUAUUUGUGAACUGUUCUUAGAAUAUAGGGAUUAUUUGCUUCCUUUAUUACUAUUUCUUGUUUGAUCAAAAGUUUCAUAAUGUACUUGGUAUAUUUUAUUGAUCAAAUACAGUCCUGAUAAUGAAUUGUCAGAAAACUUGUAAAACCGCCUUCACCAUCAUGCAUUAGUGCAUGCUUCUUAAUAUUAAGGAUGUCUGCUGGUUUAGAUUCAGGGUACAUGUAUUUCACUUUUUUCUGAUAUCAAGCCGUUUUGUUUCAGAAAAUACCUGUUAAAAUGGAGAGAAAAAAGGGGUUGCAGCACAUCGCAUUUUAACAAUAGCUCCAAAUUCACACUUUCUUGUUUGUAAAAUAUUUUAACAACACAUGAAUAAAAUGUUCAUCUAUAAGAAAGAUAUCAGAAAAUAUAUGUAAGUGAGGUAAUUAGCUAGGUAAUGGAUAUAAAAAAUAGCAUGCACAUUAACAUUAUUUGGAUUAAAAGUCAAUUUUCCUCAUUUUCAUCAGUGCCAGCAACACACAGUGCCACACAAGAAAGUUAAAUGCCUUAAUUAUUACACAUCUUUGAAGUGCUUAUUCCUUUCAUUUUUGCAGUAAGCAAUAUGCAAGUUAUUAAAUAAGAAUUGUUCACUUCAUUGUCUGAUACAUUAACCUUUAUCUUUGACUUUUAGUCUGAUUCUCAGCUUCACCUAUUCACAUUGGGGAUAGACUUAGAAAUGGAGGUUGCACAGCGUUACAAGACCAUGUUACAGAAAUACCAAUUGCAUAAUAUAUUAGGUAGCAUUCUAAUUCUCUAAAAGGAAGUACUUAUAAAAAUAUGAAGAUAAUUGAAAGUUAAGUUCCUUUUGAUAUCAUUAUUGGGCUUUCAUCAUAAUUUUUCAGACCCCGUGAUAUGUUUUCAUCCACUUUAAAUUUUCAUUCACUGAACAAAGGAUCAAAUGGCUUGUCAAAUGUCACAAUUCUACAUACUGUAUGUUCACUUGCGUGAUAACAGUGUAAGAACCAAAUGUUAUGUGUUUAUUUACUUGUUUUUGCAUGAUUUUGUUAAAAUUGGUUAUAUAUAUAUCUAAAUGUUGUAUAUAUGUUGUGUUCAAGUGUGUUUAACAUUGCUGACCAAGAGGAGAAGUAGACCUGGAACAAUAUAUUGCUUAUGUCACUAUCAACAUCCCAGGAAAUGUUUUGCAAUUUCUGUUUGGCAGUUGUAUUGUUACCAUUAUGUUCUUUGAAUUGUUGCACUGUUCUGGCAGCAUAGGUAUUCUAUAUUCCUUGAAAGUCCUGUUCUGUGAACAUGACUGACUCCAAACAUGCAUGUAAAUAUGUAUAUAAUAAUAUAUGAGGACAACAUUACUUUACUAUGUGGUGUGAAAUUUGGGAGGCUGUGGGAUUUUGAAUGAAAUGUGGUGUUUUGUAGGACAGCUUUGUUGUGACUUUUCAAGACAGGAACACCAUAUUAAACAAGACUGUUUAUAUCAAACCAAAAUUAACUUAGCUAAGUGUGUAUCUCUGCUUCAUUACUGAUGCAGGACAUUCAUCAAAAGUACAACAAUAUCAACAGUGUGAGAUUGUAUUGAUUCUCUGGUCUGUCAGCAUUGUCAAACACGGACCUAAUUAAUGUUUCUACAUCAUUGUACAGAAAGUUUCUGAAAGGCCUGCCAUCUUCCCAUUUGGUGUUAGUUACAACUGCAUCCAUACAAUAUAUGAUUUCAACUUU